ACUGAUGUUGCGUCUAAUGCGUUUAUUUCGUUUUCUAGUCCAGAAAAAUCACGUUUUGUAGCGGACAACGAAACCCCAUUCUCUGACGAAGAUUUCGUUGUUACGAAACCACGUCGGCGCUUGAAUAUGUCUGCUGCACUUAACGAGUCAAGGUAAAUCGAAGGUUCAUCAUCUCUUAUUAAUUAAGCCUCGUACAUGCAGAUGAACAAUUUUUCCUUGACAAGUUUACUUUCUCGUGUGUACCGCAGUCAGAAAGUUUUCCUUGACAAGUUUAUUUUUACGUAUUUAGAAAGCUUAAAAAUGAAUCUCAUAUGCAAAAAUGAUUUUUGUAAAUAUUUAAGCCAAUACGCCCUGGUAAUUUAAUUUAUUGCUUAUUUACAGCGAUGAGAACCCGGAGAAGAGCACUUCAACGUCAAAAAAGUCAAAGAAGUUACCCGAUUGGGUGUUUAACCAAACUAAACGUCCAACACUGUCCUACUAUAGUGACGCAAAUGAUGAUGACGACUUAAAGAAAGCGAAAUUGGCAAGCUUAUGUGAAACACAACUAAAACUUAGCGAAGAAGAACAAAUUAAACUAGCCACAAUUGCUAGCUUACAGGAAAAACAAGCAGAUAGCGAACAGGGGCGGAUUGAAAGUACGAAUACUAAAAACGCUCAAGAAAAACUAACACAUACCGACAGUGAAGAUGAGCGAAUUAAAAUAGCCAUGAACACUAGCUUGAAGGAAAAUAUAACACAUUCUUGCAAAGAGAUUGCACGUCAUCAAGAAAACAAGACAACCGUCGAUGAGGGACAAGUUGAACGUGAAAGAAUUGGCAGUUUGGAAGGAAACCAAGGAGGCAGUAGCGAAGAGCAAAUUAAGUGUACAAAGUCAACGAGCUUGCAAGGAGAACGAACUCAGUUUAGGAAAAGUGAACAAAUCGAACAUACCAAAAUUAAAAACUUGCAAGGAAACCAAACAGAUUUCAGUGACGAAGUGCAAGUUAAGCCUACAACGAUUGUAAGCCAUCGAGAAAAACGAAGACGCGAUAGCGAAAAUGGACUCGUUGAACAUGCUAAAACAGGUGACUUAAGUGAAGAGCAUAUUAAACGUCAAGGGAGAACGAGAGUUCAUGGAAAGCAAACAGACGUUAGUUAUGAAGGACAAAUUAAACCACCAAACAUAGGAGAACAGGCAGACGUCGCCAGCGACGAAGAGCAAAUUAAACUUACAAGCACAGCGAGUCUUCAAGGAGAACGGUCACACGAUAACGAGAGACUAGAGCAAGCGAAGAUAGAAAGUCUACAUACAGAACAAAACGAGGACUUGAAAUCAGACAUUCUUUCUUGUGCGGAGGUGAGCGAUGCUGAGCUGAUGGAAAUUGAUAGAAUAGAAGAAGGCGCAUUGUCAAGCGAUUCAGAAGGGCUCUUGCCUGUGGAGAAUACUAUCGACAGUAAUACAAAAAAUUCGACUGCUAGUAAACCACUGCAAAAUCUUCACCACACUGAAAGCGCGGAUAACAGAAAUAAGAGUUCACAGGACAGUACAAAUGGUUCUCGUAAAAGAUCUUCACUCGACUGUGAUGAUUCGGUCGUUCAUAACGCUCAAAGCGCUACAAAGAGAGAUUUCAAAUUGAACGGUGGAGCGACGAAACUGGAUACUCCGUCAAAAAGAAGAAAAGUUGAGAAGAUUCAAACGGAGAUAGUUCCCUUCGAUGGCGACGAGGAUGUUCAAUUGAAGAAAGCGCUUGAGAUUAGCAAGAAGGAACACGUAAGCAUUUGAAAUAAAGUAUUUUGUGUUUCAAUCAAUCAUACUAUAUUUCACAAAGACAAAAUAUUGUAAAUACAAAAAAAAUCUAAAAUAUUUACAAGAUGUGAUCGUCCAAUAGGCCAUGCUAUGUAUGAUUAAUUACAUGCAAUUAUAAAACAUAAUUUAUUACGUUAAUACAAUAAGAUCGAAGAGAAAAAAGAGAAAAAAAGAUAAAUUGAUUAUCAAGAAUUAUUACCACUAUUUGUCACUAGAGCCCUUUUGAAAGAACCCAAAUUUUUUUGUUAUGUAAUAAAUCAUUCCAAGCUACAGCUCCUGUGUACGAGAAUGAUUUUUUACAAAAGUUGGUAUUUGGCCUCAUUUGUGUUUGUGAAAUAGAUGUAAAAGGUUACUGUACAUAUAGUGGUACAUUGUUUCCUAGCCAUAUUUCCCAAAGAUGGAGAAACCAGGAAAUAUUAUUUCCUAGCCAUGUUUCCCACAGAUGGACAUACCAGAAAAUAUUGUUUGCUAGCCAUGUUUCCCACAGGCGGAAGUGUUGUUGUUUCCUAGCCAUGUGGGCAAACCAGCAAACAUUAUUUCCCAGCCAUGCUUCCCGCUUUAUAUCAAAUCUCGCUGAUAUGUACAGUAUAAACACUUUUGUAGGACAAAAGUCGAUCUGAACAAGAAGCAAUUGAGCGAUCGCAAAUGGAGGAAGCUAUCAGGAUAAGCAUUGAAGGUGAUCCUAUUUUCCAAUUAUAAUAGUAACAGCAUGGAUUGUAAAAUAACUGGAUAGGAAACUUCUGACGUCAUUGACUGCAUCCUUGUCACAGAAUAGGAAGGUAUACCAGAAGUCUCACUCAAGCAAGUAUUUGUCCGCGUUUUUACAAGCAAUUCGUCAUCAAUCACGCCAUCCUGGCUAGUACAACCGGCACUUUGUACCUACCAAAACCUGAUAAAAACGUCCGGUUGUACUAGCCAGGAUGACGUGGAUUGGCGUGAGCAAGUUAAAAUUUUCGUGGACGUAAAACAAUAAGGGAAACGACUGGAGUUACGCUUCUGCUGUAACUUCUUAUUCUGUGUCCUUGUUGAAAAACGUGACGUCACGCGUAUUGCGAAUGUUACCAAAGUUCUCGGCAUUUUUGUUGUUUUGCUAUAUUUUCCACUUUAAAAGAGUGAUCUUGAAGCGUAAACUGGUCUAAUUGUUUUAAAAACAUGCCUAAGCCACGACAAAGUAUUCAAGGUAAAUGUUUUUCGUCUUUGUUUUGUAUUUUUUUUUACAUUUGUAGCUACGAAAUUGGCGUCACAAAUUUUAACGAAAUUUGCGAUGUAUUUUUCACUGUUUAGUGCUUGAAAUAUUUGCUAAAAUUGACUGGGAAUACUUAGAGUUUUCAUCGUAGAAUGGCGUGGUUACAUUUAUUUGCUCUUUGACUAAAAUGUUUAGCUGUAUUAUUGCUAAACAUGCCGUUUUUGAGAAUUUGACUUUCAACUAGGUUGAGGCAUCCAACCACGCCAUCAAUCCCAGUAAAAACAUUAGGUCACUGACGUCAGCUAGUUUCCUAUCCAUUUAUUUUACUAUCCAUGGUAACAGUAAAGCUACGUUGACAUCAGCCUAGUCCCUUGGCCUUCCAAGCGCGGGCGAGUUACAGGGCUGUCGUGAACUUGCGGGCUGUCAGUUUCGGAAAAUAGCGAUUUCCCCCUAAAAUAACGAGGCAGAAGCGGGAAGGCCAGGAACUAGGCUGCGUUGACAUAUGGUUUACACACAACGAUUAAUCGGGCUGAUUUCAGGUUUUGCCGAAUGUUAAUGACGAAUGUUUGUCAGUUGACGAUGAUGUUGACAACGUAUUUUUCAAAUAUCAUUUAAUUAAAGCUGAAUCGGCCCGAUUAAUCGUUGUGUGUAUAAACGUACCUUUUAGCUUUUCUCACGAUGACGAAUAUCCGCCAUUUUUGGGUGGCAUCUAAUUCUCGUUAACCAAUGCAGACAAUUGAAACAAUGUGAAAAGCAAUUUUUCAAAAUAAACUAACCAUUUACGAAGCGAAUUUCCCAUCAUUCGUCCAAAAAAUUAUAAAAAGUCGCUGUUAUGUGGACUUGUCUCGCAGACUUCGGCAGAAAAACCACCUAAAAAUGGCGGCGUGAGAAUGGCUAAUUCGCCAGAGGCUUAUACACCACUUUCAUAAUACAGACCUAACAGACGGCUUUAAAUAUUCUUCCACUUGCAUCCGGUUAUAAAAUUUUAUUCAGUCUCAGUGACAAAAAUGAGGCCAAGAAGGCUUUUUAAGAUGCACAUAAAAGAAUAUUUCAACCCCUCUGUAUUAUGAAAGUGGUAUAUGUCAUGAUACACGUGCUCAACUUUUAAUACAUAUAAUUGUUUUGUAAAGAUGGGUUGAUAAACGCUACUGCGAAAAACAUGGUAGUUGAAGAGCCAACAGAAGAGAAUAGCGACGUUGAGGUAACGCGGUAAACACUUCACUGUAAACUAAAAUACACUUAUUUUUACUGAAUAGCUCUAUCAGUUUUAGAGGUCGGAUCGGAUUUGCACACCUCUAGUAGACAUUCAAUAAGCGCUAUCCCUUAUAAUUGAUCCAGUUUCACUGCGGGAAGAAAUAUCUUGAGUCAUGACUGAGUCACGAUCUUUCUCAUCAGCCGGAAUACAACAUUUUGAAAAUACGCGGAGUGACUAUAACUAGGGAAUACUUAUGAUUUAUACGUGGUUUACAGGUAUAAACUAUUAUAAACUGGGCGUCGAGAAAGAUCGUUACGACCAAUACGAUCAUUGGAAACCAGGCUUACUGUCGUUCCAAUUGAAGUGUUGCUCAAAUAUUGAUUCAAUACAUUACCUCGGGCUGACCAAUUCAUUUGAUCAAGUUCCUCGAGAUAUUCAUACACUUCCUAGUAUAAUUGUAAACUUCCUGUUGAAUAGUUUGAAUGCACCAAUCACCUUUGUUGUUUGUGCAACUAACCAAUCAUAAAUAGAAAGGAAGUGACCAGAAAUUAUCAAUUACUUGGAAUUGACUCUUUCACAGGAAGUGUAUGAAUAUCUCGAGGAACUUGAUCAAAUGAAUUGGUCAGCCCGAGGUAAUGUAUUGAAUCAAUAUUUGAGCAACACUUCAAUUGGAACUAAACAUAAACUAGCUGUAUCAGUUUUCAACUCCUCUCCCUAGAAGUGCAGUAAUGGCCAUUUAUUCCUGGUCCAGUGUUACCACAGGAGGAAACGAGAGUACCAGGAGAAAACCUGUUGUGUUUGGUAGAGUACACACGCAAAACUGUCACAUCUUGUAGCAAGUCUGCCAACAAGUUGUGUUCGCACUGCUUGUCCCAAACUGUCAACAAGUUUCGAACAAGCUGUUAACAACUUGUAACAAGCUUGAUGGCAUUAUCAGACUUGUUGGAAGGUUGUUCCAACAAGUCUGAUACCGUCAUGAUAUAACAAUACUGUUACAACCUUGUAACGUUCUUGUUAUAUCAUGACUGUAUCAGACUUGUUAGAACAACUUUGUAACAGGCUGAUAAUGCCAACAAGCUUGUUACAAGUUGUUAACAGCUUGUUUCAAACUUGUUCCAACAACUGGGAACAAGCAGUGCGAACACAACUUGUCGACAGUUUGUGAACAGAUUUGUAACAACUUGUUUGCAGACCUGUAACAACUUGUGCGUUUUUACGUGUGUAGAACUUGAAACACUUCUUACAUGUGACUGAGGUGAAAUUAUAUUCAAGCAACUACUGGAAUCGAUUCCUGGCAAGGCCGAAUUUUGGUGGAAAUAAUGGGGAGGUGCAGCAGUCUAGCUCACGACCCCCAUGGAAAGUUAGGGCUUAGAACGGGCCAAAGUCAACGACGUGACGUAUGCAUGUACAGUAAUGUACAUAUUUAUCAGUGUAUUAAUGAAUUAUGACUGUACAACUCAUCCAAUUUUGCCCUUCACUACAAUUACUACAAAGUUUCUUCCAAAACAUUGCAUUAAAAGGAUACUUGACACAGAGAUGAUUGGCCAUCACUGUUUCAAUUUUACAGAAAAACUUUCUUAUGAACUGUAGACCCUAAGCAACCAAAAAUGUCAAAUUUUCAUUUUGAUCUAUCAUUGGCACUUUCCCAAGGGCAGGUGCAUGACUUUUUAGGGGAGGUGCAAAAAUUCUCAGGGGAGGUGCAAAACGAUCUCAGGGGAGGUACCCACCUCCCCUCAAAAUCCGGCCACCAUUCCUGGUCACAGAGGUCAAAGACAUGUCUACACUAAGAACUGCGCCAAACAAUAACAUUGUUUUAAACUUUUAUUAUUUAUUUUGCUGUUUAGAAAAUGGAAACAGAAGAUAUUCCACCGGAUGAGUUCAGCUACAGACUUGUUAGUGUAGUGAGUCAUGUUGGUGCAAAUGCAUCUGCAGGUAUGUAUAUAGUGGACACACGCCGAAAAAU